CGUCACCGGAAAUACAUGCUCUGCUUCGCUUUGCCGCUCCUCCGAGGCAUUAGAUGGCGCUGUCAUGUACAAGAGUGUGUGUAUAACACGAGAAGCAGCACCAGAACUAGGAUACUAAACGACGUUUUCAACCCUGGUCCUGGUGUACCCCCUGUACCCCCUGCACAUUAUUAGUGUUUUCCCUGCUCUAACACACCUGUUCAGGUGAAUCGAAACUAAUAUAUGCAGGACAAGGCUGUACUCCAGGGCCACCUUUGGGAACCCGUGUCUUAGCCAGCACUCCAGGCCGAAUGGCAGCCGCUUCUUCAUCGUCCUCCUCCGCCGGAGGGGUUAGCGGGAGCUCCGUUACUGGAUCUGGCUUCAGUGCAUCAGAGCUCAUUCCCCCUAGAAAAGUCCUCUACACAUACCCUAAAGGAGCCGGGGAGAUGAUGGAAGAUGGCUCGGACAGAUUUCUGUGUGAAUCGGUUUUCAGUUAUCAAGUGGCAUCAACUCUAAAACAGGUGAAGCAUGAUCAGCAGGUAUCCCGUAUGGAGAAGUUGGCCAGCCUGGUGGAGGAGCUGGAGGCAGACGAGUGGAAAUAUAAGCCUAUUGAACAGCUAUUGGGUUUCACAACUUCAUAGCUAACCACUUGCUGCUCAUAUCAAUUCAUGAAUUGCAAUGAAUUUUUGUUUAUCGUUUUACUUAAACCAAAAAAAUGUUUUAACCAGAAUGGAAACAUUUUUGUAUAAUUUAUUUAUGCACAUUUCCCAUAUUUGAAGAACAUACAUAGGCUGCAAACUUAAAUGAAACUGUUUUGGACAUUUUAAUGGAGCUGAAUACUUAAAUGUAAAUAUACUUACAUAUGUUACAGAUCAUGUCACAGAAGACUAAUCAUGUGCAGAAGUGUACCCAAACUUUGAGUUUUUAUGUGAGCACCUGAUCUUUUUUUCUUUUUUCUUUUUUUUUAAGAUGUUUUUUGUUGAAUAAAACCGCUCUAAUCUGUGAUUAAAAAGUCUGGAGAAUAUUAAAUUAAUAAUUUUAUUGAUACUUUCAACCACUUCAAGAGCUACACAGUAAUUGCACUGUCAGAGCUACAAUUUCAUAUUCUUUAAUAUUUAUUAUUAAAUUUAAAGCAUGUACAGUAUUACUGUAUGUCUUUUAUUAGUGCUGUAUAGAAACAUAAGCUGAUAGAUAGAUAUUGAUAGAUAUGGAUAUCUUUGCUACAAAUGUAGUCAGCUGAUUUAGAAGCCCAAACAUAUCUUGUUUUUGUGUUCAGUGUACAGGAGCCCGUGCUUUGUUCGACGCUCUUGCACAGUUGCUAUUAAUUUUAGUGCUGUGGUCUGCAAGGCUAUCCUCCCCCUCACUGUGUGUUUGUGUGUGUGUAUGUGAGUGAGAGAGAGAGAGAGCGUGAGCGCGAGAAAGUGAGCCUAGCCUACUUGUAGCAGCAGCUGUAGAAACAGGAGAAGACAAAGCGAGAGGGGGGUGCAGGGAGACAGCAAAUAAAACCCACAUUCUUUGUCCUAUAAAGCUAACUGCUGUGUUCAUAACAAGCUCUCAGCACACUAAGCAUAUUCAUUCUUAGUAACAUAACUAAUAUAUCUUUCAUUUUUUUACUAUUUAGUGAAAACAUGAAUCUAGGCCGAGUUGGUGGCUUUGUCUUUUCUCUUUGAGAGGAGAAUAAACAGUGUCCACAGAGCCUUGUUUAUAUACACUGCUUCCUGAAUUAGCUCUGCAAAACUCGGUUUGUGGUACACUUCGUCCUGCUGGAUGUUUUGCAUUGAAUGAUUGAAACGUGCAGUGAGAAACUUUAGAGAAUGUACAGUACAUUCUGUUCCACAAAAGGGUGGGACCAAACCUACAGUGUAUACUGCUCGAUCCUAAAGACACUCACCCCAACUCUCAUACUCUCUCUAAAACACAUUUAUCCAACACAUUUAAACAAUUUUUUUCCCCAUAAUAGCACUUGCGAGUUGUACGUGUUGUACAUGUCAUCAUGACUGCAAAGAGAACAGUUUGUCCAGCUCUCACUUGCACUCCCAAAACAUCCAUGAACUCGGGCUACCUGGCCAAAACUUUCACACUUUCACACUUUUUUAUGAGUCUGCUGAAGUGCACACAGAAGAAUGGAUGUAUUCAGCCUCGAGUAAAUCACUAACACAUUUUAACUCAGUUCUAAGAAUAAACUGCUCUGUUACAGUAACAGUUAGGAACCAUAAUAAAACAUGCUGAAUGGAUAUCCUAGACUAAAUGUCAUGUCCUGAUUGUUGUGUAACUACCUGUUAUCUGUUAAUGAAUAAAACUCCACAGGGUUCAUUAUUAA